AAAAUGAGCUAGCAAUACCAAAGCAAGAUAUUCAUAAUCCUAUAUUGGUUGAUGCUUCAUUAAUCAAAAUCAGUGUUGAUAACUAUUUGAUAUCACUAUAUUCAUUCUUUUAUAAUCAGCGUUGGAGAUUUCGUUUUGUGAAUGACAAAAUAAAACUUAAAGAACUAAUGAUUCAUAGUUAUGAUACUCAUUUAAAAGAAAAGAGAAAUGCCUAA